CGACGAUCUAACGUCCUCUACGGAACUCCCAACGAAGCAGCAUCAAAAUGCGAGAGCGAGACACCUGCAGAGACGAGCAAUAACGAAACCUCCAAUCCUAGGAACGAAAGAGCAGCAGGAGAGGAGACCAGGAGAUGCAGCUGGAGAAGGGCUCCCUGGACCUGGUGCUGGUCCCCUGUGGCCUGGUGGUCAUGCUCAGCUACCACCUCCUCCUCCUCUACCGGAUCCUCCGGCACCCCAGCACCACCGUCAUCGGCUACGAGAACCAUAACAAGGCCGCCUGGGUGCGCCGCAUGGUCCGAGCGGCCCCUGACGAGACGGGCCUGGCGCUGAGCGUCAUCUCUGGCAACAUCUCGGCGUCCACCAACCUGGCCUCCCUCUCCAUCGCGCUGGGCUCCCUCAUCGGCGCCUGGAUCAGCAGCACCACCAAGGUGUUCAUGACGGAGCUCGUCUACGGCGAUCGCAGCCAGGCCACGGCCACCGUCAAGUACAUCUCGCUCCUCGUCUGCUUCCUCGCCUCCUUCACCUGCUUCAUCCACUCGGCAAGGUACUAUGUCCAGGCCAGCUUCCUCAUCACCACCCUCAACUCCGACGUGCCGGCAGACUACGUGCAGCACGCCGUCAUCCGGGGCGGCAACUUCUGGUCAAUGGGGCUCCGGGCGCUCUACUUCGCCACCACGCUGCUCAUGUGGAUCUUCGGGCCGAUACCGAUGUUCGCCUGCUCCCUGCUCAUGGUGGUCAUCCUGCACAUGCUGGACACCAACUCCCUGCCCCUGCACCAGCACCAGUUUACGGUUAGGAAGCGGCAUGAGCAGCACAGAGGUUUCACACCUGCUACAAUUGCUGCGAGCCACCCCGGUCCUCAGAAUCCAAUUCUCAGCAACCCAAUCUUGUCACCUGUGACAUUUUUCAGUUGAUAGUGAAAUUGUUUGUUACAAAACCCGAAUGCAAAUGUGAAUUUACAAUA